AAACCGUCUCUUGGUGCUCUACGGGAGGUCGGACGGGAAGAUGACAAGCGACGAGGGCAGACGAUCGACGACGAUAUGCGCCCCAGCAGCUCCGGCGGACGAUCCGGUCCGUGAAACGCCCUCCGCUCCAUCGAGACUCACGGACGGCAGACAUUAGUAGAAAUAUAGGAUCACAAUAUGUACUUGUUGGAAUUAUAGAUUCAAAUUUAUCUUCUAUUGAUGGAAUUACGUGAUAUUGUGAUGUGGAAACAGGAUAGAAUAGUCUAUGACUGAGCCUAGAGGUUGUUAUGAUUUGCACAGAACUCGAGAUUUUGUGAGCGAUAAAUAUUGUAACUUUGCUACAUAUGGUGUAACGACGUAUGUCGUGUGCACCUAUUUCCAAGCUUGGAUGCUCAUUAUUACUUGUACCAAAUAUUUUAGUUUUGUGGAACUUUGAUGCUUUGGCAUGCAGGUUGGGGCCAUCACCUGGUCAUGGACAUUCCUCUGAGAUUUAUGGCCCUGGAGAUGGAGUAGGUGGAUGCCAUCUAUCUUGCUGUUCUUAUGGUGGACACCGUGGUAAAUAUCAUGCUUGCCACAACCAUUCAUCGGAAUGGGCCAGGCACAACAUUUCACCUGAACCUGGUCCUAUCAGAUCUUACUGGAUAACGAAAAGGACUUCCUCCGAUCAUGUUUCUCAUUGUGCAAAAGGAUCUGACAGACAGAUACGCCCAGCAGGAGGUUAUAGGAAGAAUUAUUCUGCUAACCAGGGGAGUGGCAGUCAGAACAGACCGUAUCAUGAUGAUAGCUAUCUACCAACUAAAUUCCUGGAUGACCAUUUUCCUGAGAUAGAUGCUGCAAAACAUCAGUCUUACUUAUGCGAUUUUCAAUCUUCAAGUAAGCAUAUUCCUGUUCACCCCUCACAUGGUCAAUCAUGUCAAAGGAAUGAAGUAGCAGAGACCAGUUAAUCGAUUUCAUCCCAUCCACCAUAAGCAACUUGAGCGCCGUCCCAAUGAAGAUUUUCAUGAUUGCUUUGAUAGCAGUCAGAAAUUCAGAAAUGCUUAUAAUGACAAGGUAGUAAAAAGGAAAUUUAUAAAACAAGAUUUCCUUGGAAACACUUACAAUGGUGCUUGUGUUGGUAAAUAUGAUAGAAACAGUUGCAGGAAAAGGAAUGCAUAUCAUUUUGGUGGAGAGAAAACCAGGAAGAAUGACACAAAUAAGGACAGGUCUAAAAGGCUUCGCUGCCCCCUUGAGCAGGACCAACGGCAACAGGUUGAGUGCAACGAGAUGAGAAAUGAUAGUCGGGAGGGAAAUGUUGAAAUGACCAGGUUAGUGUGUCAAGAUGGAGCAAAACGGAACUUCAACCAAAAGAAGAAUGCUACAGCUCCUGCUUCUAGUGACUCAACAAAGUGUGAUGGGAAAAAUAUAUUAAGUCCCAAGUGCAGCAAAACUAUUGCUUCAUCACACACACCAAAUUUGAGCGAAGGAAGUAAUGACAUGGAUCCAAAAUCUGACAACUACGUUGAUGGUUGCACUGAAAGAGGUAUACUGCAGCAUAUUCCAGUCACCCAUACAGAGAGGAAUAUACAACUGAAAAUAUCAGAUAAUUUUACUCAGUCUGAGGCGUUUCGCCGAGAUUGUUUAAUCCUGUGGAGAGAAAGACAAUUAAGAAAGGAUAGUGCUGCUAAGGCUGAUAACAUCGUGAAACCUGACCAACAACAGACUGCACAAAGAAGCAAGAUGUCAACUGGAAGAAGAGUGGGGAGUGGAGGAUCUGCUGCGUCUUCUUGCUCAAAAAGCGAUAAUAAAGACGACUCUGCUCCAGAGUGUUCUGACCAAUUUAGUGGUGCAACAUCAUCUGAUAAACUACAAAAGUUUGGUGAAGGAAGAGCUAACAAAAAGUUAGAGCAGACCAUCAAAUUCCCCAGUAACAGUAAAUGCAACAAAAGGCCUCAAGACGCAACAGCUGAGAAAGUAUUGAAGUGUAGUCUCAAGCUUCUGUCAGAAGCAGAUCCUCUUGAAAUUGCACAACCUAAAGGAAAGGAAAAACUUGUUGACAGGAGGCAGGUAUCAACCGAACAUCAAGAUGCCAAGGCGCAUAGUAGUUUGAAUGGUUGUUCUGACACUUGUAAGGUGGAUCAAGCAGCUAUUUCACACUGUCAUAAUAGUGCACAUCAGAAUAUUUCUCAACAGGAGAAAAAAAGUGCUGUUUCGGAUGCAAGAAGGGAAGAGAAACCAGGUGUAAAAUGUGAAAAGAAAGCAGCAGGCCAUGGUGCCAAACUGGCUGAACAAUCUACUGGUCUGUAUAGUGACCCAAUAUCACUGGACAAAGAGACUGUUGUUAGUUGUUCAAAGCAUGGCACUUCGAAGGUAAAUGCACUAAAGGUUCCAGAUCAUGAGAUUGGGAGUACUUCACUCGAUGGGUCAAUGCUGCCUCGAGGAACUGUGCAAAUCAUAACGUUGGGGGAGGGGCGGUGGAGGCAAAGGGAGGAGGUGAGGCGGAGAGAGGUCGUGUCGGCGGUGGAGGCAGGGGGCGAGCAACGCGGCAGAGAGGAACGUGCGGGGGGAGGUUAG